AUGUCGAACAAGGCCAAAGUCAAUCCCCUCCUCACGAAGAUGCACACAGCAGGCAUCUUCUCUGACAUGAGCGUCGACGGCCCCGAAAUCGGCACGCUCGUUGUCGUCGUCGACCGCGCCAAGAAUCUGCCAAACCGCAGGACCAUCGGCAAACAGGAUCCCUACUGCGCUGCUCGCCUUGGCAAGGAGGCAAAGAAGACGACUACAGAUAUUCGUGGCGGACAGACGCCGAGAUGGGACCAAGAGCUGCGCUUCACCGUUCACGACUCUCCCGAUUACUUCCAACUGAAGGUGUCCGUCUUCAACGAUGACAAAAAGACCGAGUUGAUCGGCGAGUGCUGGAUCGACCUGCGCGACAUUGUCCUGCCUGGCGGCGGUCAGAACGACCAGUGGUUUCAGUUGAACUACAAGGGCAAAUACGCCGGCGAGAUCCGCAUGGAGAUCACAUACUACGACAGUCGUCCCAAGCCCGAGAAGCCCGCGAAGAUGAAAUCAUCGAGCCGUCCCGAGGGCGAGAGCAGCACGAUAGGCAACCCCAGGACCGUCCCAAAACGUCGUCCCCUGCCAUCCGAUCCAGUCACGGGGAAGCCUGGGGCUCCUCUUCCUGCGCCUGCGUCCCCCGACAAGGUCGAACCGCAGCCACCAAGGCCUCAGCCAAGUCCCAAUGCCUCUCAACCACCUUUGGUCCCGGCGAACUAUACCAAUGCUCCGCAGGCAGCCCCUGUCCAAGCAUAUUCUCAGCCACAAACACACCACCACCACCAACAACAACAGCCCUAUCAUCAACCGCAACCAUACCCUCAGCAGCAGCAGCAGCAGCAGCAAUAUUCCCAGCAGCCAUAUCCUCAACAACCAACACCGCCAGAACACCAGUAUCAUGGCCGUGACCCGAACGGUUAUCCCGUGCCGCCUCCUCGUCGGGAUGUCCCCCCGCCCCCUCAGCAUCAUCAUGUGCCCGAAAGACCCAGAGACCAUUACUCAGAGCCAGGUUACGCUCACAGUCCUCAGCAUUACCAGCCCCCAUACGAUCAGUAUGCGCCGAGUCUCCGUGAUAUGCACUUCCCGCAGCCCAGCGGGGUAAAUGGCUACGAGGAAGAUCGGCCGCCACCGCCUCCGGUCCAUAGAGUCAGGGCCGGGACCAUGCCGGCGAUGAAUCCUCCCCAUGUGAACGGUGUUCCCCCGCCAGUUAUGCACAUGCGGCGUGAUACGAUCAGAAACGACGCAUAUCGCCAAUCGUCUUCUGACUACCCUGGUCGCCCGACAUACAAGGCACAAGACCCAGGCCUUCCUCUUCCUGCGCCGCAAUAUCGUAACGACCCUCCCCCACCUCCCCCUCCUGUCCGACAUUACUCUUAUGACUCGACGACAUACGACAUAAAUAGAGGUAUGCAAGCUCCUGUUGAGGAUGUGCCGGAACCUAUGCACCAUGGCGAUCCGAGAAGUUCAGGUCGCUGGGUUCCACAGCAACCAUAUCCUCAAACGCAGCCCCCUCCUCCUCACUAUAACACCGGUUACGACGUACCUCCGCCCUCAAAUCCCAGCCCAAGAGCCAGCAUGGCCGGUAUGGAUGCUCCGCGCUAUGGUCCCCCUCCGCCAGAGCCGCAACGGCAUUCGAUUCCGAACGGUUACCCAGCCCCGCCUGCCCAUGACGUCCCGCGCAGGGAACCGCCUGAAUAUCAGCAGCCCUAUGGCAGGCAUUCCGAGCCAAUGCUGCCACAGCAGCAACCCUAUGGUAUGCCCAAGGCCUUGACGUACAGGAACGAAUCAGAGGGCCCAGUACGCCAUUCGGUUCCUCCCGUUCCUCCGUCCCUUGUGCCUGGCAUCGACCCGAACAUUGCCCAAGAGAUUUCGGAACGUUUGAACCAAGAUCGGAGACAGACACGGCAGUACACUCAACAACCAAUCCCAGAGCCACCCAGAGGUAGGACCAUGGAGCGAGGCUACGAGAAUGGUGGCUCGCCUGCUGCUUACGGAGCUGCUCCGCCGCUGCCGCCGCCGCCGCAAAAUCGUGCCCCUGUCACAUACCAGAACGGCCCCUCAACAUCCAGCGUCAAUGUGGUGAUCAAAUCCCGCGCUUAUUCCCCGAUGGGCCGCGACCCAAGUCCUAAUCCUGCUCCUGCCCCUGGAUCUACCCCGCGCUCUCAGCAAACUAUCAAGCGCAAGUCUGUCAGCCCUCGUCCGCCGACAGCUGAAGACCGCAAAAUGUCGAGCGUGCCUUUCAGCCCCGACUCGUACGAUGUUCUUAAUCCAAAGGCCUCGACUGCCGCGCUCCUGGAUCAGCCCGUUGGAGGCGGCCACGAUUACGAUGAGGAAACGGGCAAGAUUAUUACCCACGAUGGGCGGCGGGUUGAUCCUACCGAUCAUCUGCCGAUGGAGAGCUGGGCCCCGGAGCCGGAGCCGAAGGGGACCAAGCAACCUUCGCCGCCACCGAGCAGACAGAGUCCAGUUGGGCCGCAGCCGCAGCCUCAGGUUCAGAGUCAGGCGUCAAAUAGCGGGAGUGGCAGUGAGGGCAGGCGAUUGAUUCGUGUCGGCGGCAGACCGCAGAGCAUGAUGCCUGUUGCGAACACCAGCUCAUCCAAUGGCUUCGGCAGCGACCCUGUCAAAGAAGCUCCCACCCCGCCAACCUCAACAGGUCGCAACAAACUCCAGAAAAAGGCCAUUUACCGCCAAUCGACCUCCGCUUUGCCUGCUCCCGUCAUGUUUGGUGCCAACGGCUCAGGCUCUUCUUCCAGCACGGCGAGUCUUACCAACAGCGUCACGGGAACCUUUAGGAGGCACAGCGGUGGCCGCGAACUAAUGGAUCACCACAGCCAGGCGCUGGCUACCAUCUCCCGUGGGCAAAACAUGCUCCCAGACAACCGCCAACCUCUUUCUCGCGCCUCCACGUUCGAUUACCCUACCAACGAUAACUACUCUCCGACCGGAUCCGGAGGUUACCGUGGUUCUUCAUCGCCCGGUCGCCCAGUCAGCGCGGGUAGUGCAGCCCCGCCCCCAUUACCCGCCAAGGUACCCCUGGCGCUCCCCGCGCCGGGGCAGAGUGAAGGAGAGAGCUCGGAACCUGUUAUGAGUGGGGCGCUGCAGCUGCAUAGUCGGAGCAGGAGGUUUGUUGAGGGAGGCGUGGACGGGCAGUUAAUGUCGCUGGAGGAGGAGCUAAGGCAGAUUGAUAUUGGGACGGGGAGGAGUGCGAGGAGGGCGGCUGCGGCUGCGGCAGGGGGGUAUGGGGGAUACGGUUACUAG